AUGUGGUGGCGACGGGAUAGGCCGGGCUGCAGCGGCGACUGGACGUGUAGGGCUGUGGAGGCGACGGGCUGGCAGGCUGCUACUUCUGGCGGAGGUCCGACGAAGGUCGGUGUCAGCGUCGAAUGGCUCUGCAGGGGUCGGCAGCAGGUAGCAACUUGCGGCAGAACUCGACAAUUGGUGGCGGCACUCGGCGGCGGGCGGGCGGCGGAUGGCUGCUACGAAGGUGUGGCCGAUCUGGACCUGCGCGACGGCCGAGUGGUGACGGUUGUUGGGGAUGGUGGCGACUGCAUCGGUCGACCUGUUGCCGGCAGCGGGCGGAAGACGGUGGCUGGAGGGCUCGCCGGAUUUUCUACCUAUUUGAUUUUUGGAAAAUGGAAGGCGGGAUCUUCUCCUUCUUCUGUUCAUGAACGUUGCGGUCGGUUUAGGGUUUAUCCAAUUGGAGCCGCUCGCCGGAUGAGCACGGCGGCCGACACCGUGAUUUCAGAUCCCACAGAACAAAAGAUUGCAUCUUUAGCAUCUCCUUGGUUGAUGCUGCCUCCCGUCUUCGAAGCCGGCCCCAACGCCGCCCCAACCAUGCGUUACAAGUUCUACAGCCUCUUGGAAGACAGAGUGGUGUCUACAGCCGCGAAAAAGGAUUUCAUGGGAGACCUGAUGGAUAUUGUGGGCUCCUCUCACGGUUGGCUUUCCCUGCUCAACCCCAACACCCUAGACAUGUUCCUCUACAACCCCAUCUCCGACUGCCACGUAAAGCUUCCCCCAAUUAACAACCUGCUGGCUGCCUCCCGCUACAGCUCAAUGUGUGUGGAUAAGAUAAUCCUAUCAUGCUCCCCGGAUGAUGAUGAACAAAAUUGCCGUGCCAUUAUGACUUACAAUUGCCCAGCUGUCAUGGCCUACUGCUGCCCUGGGUCCAGCAAGGAGUGGACCUGUAUUGUGGAUGGGGAGACAAGCACCAACGUCGGUUUAGGGUACAAGAAUUGUGUAUAUUCCAAAGAACAUCAACUCUUGUUUGGCCUCACCUGCUCUUAUGACUUGGUGUCUUGGGACCUUGGGGAUCCUCUGUCCCCGAGUCUCGUUGACUGCCGGAAAAUGGAUUUUUCGGAGGAAAAGAAUCCAUGGCGUCCCAAAGACCUGACGUGUGAGUCCGUGGAUCAUCUGGUGGCUGCUGGGGAGGACCUCCUCUUGGUGACUCAGUAUGUGCUGAUGAGCGUGCUCCCCGACGGUUUGUAUAUUGACACGAAUAACGACCCCACCGGCUCUAUCUACGAACAAGGCUUUCCGUAUGUGACUAUUGAUUUUGAUGUUGAGAGAUAUGAUCCUGCCACUGCGGGUGUUAAGUGUGUGGAGGAUUCGUUUCUGGGUGGGUGGGCUCUGUUUGUUGGCUUCUACAGCGAUGCAGUUGCUUUGCCAGUGGCCCAUUGCCCGGAGGUUGUCAAGCCCGGAUCCAUUUACUUCACUGAUGUUUUGAGGCCUUGGAUUGGAUUUGGCGACUAUCCAUGUGGAGGUCAUGACGUUGGCAUUUUCAAUUAUGAAAACAAGACGGUGUCUCCGUGCUACUAUCCAUGUGAUGCUCAGAGCUUGAAAAAGAUUUCCCCGGGACCUAUGUGGUACUUCCCAAGUCGCGGCUGA